UUUUUCUAUGAAAAUAUAUAUUUUAAUUAAUUCCUCGAUUUAUACGUCACUCUUAUUAGAAAAUUAUUAAUGCUAGUAAGACAAUGGAAAAAAAAAAUAACGUCGUCUAAUACGAAACGAUAUCAGUAACAGUCUUUGUUCUGUGUUUCUCCAAUUUCCGAUUGUCAUUGAAGUUGCUACAAACACGAGAUACCGUAUGAUCUUAUUUCAUACACAUAUUACGUGGAAUAUGGAAUAAAAGAGCUUCCCUCGUGAUAAAUCGCAGUAUUCACACGAAACUAUUCUACCACGUCGCAUAUAACUUUCAAGAAGAAAAAGGAAUAGAAAAAAAAUAGAAAAAAAAGAAAAAAAAUAGAAAGUGAGAAAUACAGAAGAAACGAAAACAUGAAAUGUCAAUUGAUAUUAUUUUUCGCUAUCGUAACAGGCAUCCAAUGUCGUUCGAUAAUACUCGAUGAAAUACCUAAAAAUGACAGCGACAAAUCGAAGAGAAUCGAGCGAUCGUUUGAUGAUGAAAUGACAGAUAGAAUGGAGCAAUUAGAUUGGAAGAAUGAACCCGAAUCUACUACAAAUGUAUUUUGGUUACCUUCACCAUUCAUAUAUCCACCGUGGCUGCAAUCUUCAAAUCAAUCUUUCUGGCAAUUACCUGAGAAAUAUUUGAAAAGAAGUGAAAAUUCUGAUUCUACGUUAAUGGAACAAAAAAACAACAAAGAAACUUGGAACAACGAUAAAUUAUAUAUCGAAGAAGGGGCUAAAAUGAUCAAAACCUGUGCAGAACAAAUUGACGAUAUGUUGCUUUUGAUACAAAACGCUCUUGGCCAAUUUCGAAAAUAUUUGAACGAGUGGUGCAGGUUAAUUAAUUUUAAAAUGAAAUUAAUAUUCUCAAGAAAUAUUCGUAUUUUGAAUUUAUAUAUCAUUUUAGGAAUCAUCAUUCGAUGGUCAAAUUAUCACCGGAAUCAUUCGAUACAUUUUAUCUUCCUAAACAUUGACUGAAUAUUUAGAUAUUAACAUGAAAUUUGAAAAAAAAAAUCUGAACUCAUCUUUAUAUUGCCAAUAUAUUAAUCUAUCAUCUUAUAAUAUUAACCAUAUAUCUAUUCAUUAACUUUUACAUUUUAUAACAUUUAUAAUGCAAUUAACUAUAUAAAACAAACAAAUAAAAAUUAUUAUAAAAUAACAAAUAAAAAUAUUCCAAAUGAA